CAACCAAACGCACCACCGGUCUCUACUCUACUUGCUCCGCAUCACUCCUCACUCUCGUCAAACCUCAAACUCAUCCCACCAUGUCUCCGAUCUUCAGCCUCUUCCUCCUCUCCUCUAUCUUCACCACCACCGCCACCACCGCCUACCCCUCGGUUCCCGGCGCCUUCGACCCCACCGACUGCACACUCUCUUCAGGAGACGAGAAUCUGAUUCCUAUUCGGCGCGAAGUAUAUGCUGAUGGGAGAAUCUUCGACAUCAGUCACAGGAUAACAAACGACAUGCCGUCUUGGGACAAAAAGGAUGGUUUGGGACAGUUCCUGUGGUUGCCUUCAAGCAUGAAGAACGGCUCUCUCGCCAACAAUUCCGAGAUGAAGCUGCCGACCCACACCGGCACUCACGUUGACGCCCCUGGCCACGUCUUUGAUCAUUACUUUGAUGCCGGAUUCGAUGUUGAUACGCUUGAUUUGGAGGUCCUCAAUGGUCCUGCACUAUUAGUUGACGUUCCAAGGGAUAAAAACAUUACUGCUGAAGUGAUGGAGGCUUUAAAAAUCCCAAAGGGAGUGCGUAGAGUUCUUUUUAGAACAUUAAACACAGACAGGCGCCUUAUGUUCAAGAAAGAAUUUGACACUAGCUAUGUGGGGUUUAUGAAGGAUGGGGCAGAGUGGUUGGUGAAGAACACUGACAUCAAACUUGUUGGAAUUGAUUACUUAUCUGUUGCUGCCUAUGAUGAUCUGAUUCCGUCUCAUCUUGUUUUUCUGGAAGGCCGGGAGAUCAUUCUUGUGGAAGGUCUGAAACUCGAUGAUGUCCAACCAGGAAUAUAUGAUGUUCAUUGCUUACCUCUAAGGUUGCUUGGUGCUGAAGGGUCACCAAUAAGAUGCAUUCUCAUCAAAUGAUAUUAAUUAUGGAGAUCGUAAGUUCUGAACUGAGUUGACAGUUAUUUAGCUACAAUUAUUUGCUAUUAUCUUCUUUUUUGAAAGCUAAAGUUGGGGUUCAUACAACAGGCAUUCCAUGGUGUUGUUGCUUCAUUUUUCAAAAUUCUACCUGCUAAAUUGUCGGAUCUGGUCCUUGGGGAAUAGCUGUUCCAUGAAGCCAAAAUUGCCCUACUAUCUCUUCUUUUAUUCGUUUCCAGAAUUUGUUGUGUUGGAAUACUCACUGAAACUUACUAGCUUUUGCAGGAAAAACGGACUGCUAGGAGCUCUUGUUUGGAAUGUGAGACAUGGGAUGGUUUUAUAGCUCUUCAGUAGUCUCCUUCAUGCAGUUGAAUGGAGAUGCAGUUCAGAGAAAUAAGAGUAAUUUUCUGAUAAUAUGAAUGUGUAUAGGCUUUUUUUUCUUUUUUCUUUUUUUUUUUUGAACUUGAAUGUGUAUGGGCUUUAAUUAUAUGAUAUAAACACAAAAAUUAUGC